UUUAAACCGAACGCAUGUGUUGUUGAUGGCAUGUUGUUUAUGAAUGAAAGGACAUGCAGCGAGUGUGAGUGUGUGACCUCCACAUGCAACUGAGCGCCGGGCGGGGCUAUCUGAGCCCAUCUUUGCCGUGAUUGGUCGAUUCCUGAGUCCGUCAGCGGGGGGGGCUGCAUGGAGUGGAUUGAUUGAAGUAGAUUAGGGGAGAGAGCGGGCAGGGGGAGAUUGUCCUGGCAUCACACUAUUCAGUGAUGGCUGUCAAAUAUCCCAAACAUUGCUGCAUCCUCCUCUUCUCUCUCCUCUCCUUUCAUCCACCGUCGUCUUCCAGCCUUGACCCGCAGCAGUCUGACAGUGGUGCUUCACCUCCUGACCAUGAUGCGGAAGAAGUGGUUACAAAAGGACUGCAGUCUGCCGAUGCACCGCGGAGGAAGUUACUUCAGACGUCCGGAGCUGCCGUUCCUUUCCCGCCCCUCAAGGUGUUGUCUAACGGGAAGACGUGCAUCAUGCUCCAGGCCAGGAAGUUGUCUCUGCGCUACGAGAGACAGAAGCAGGUGGACCUGACCGAGCGAGCGUUUUCUCCUCACAAGGCCGUGGACACAACUCAGUCCGUGUGCCGCCAGGACAAAGCCACGCUGGUCAUGAAGUUUGGAGAUGUGGAGGACUUGAAAGGCCUUUCCAUCAGGCUGCAGCUGUCCCACACUUUCUACGAGGCGUCAAACCAGUGGUGGUACUCCCUGGACAGCGUCUCCCUGCUCUACAACGUCUCCGAAGAGGCGGUGUUCAACGCCAGCGAGGUUUACGCCCCGUCCUCGUCCUCCUACCACUGCGUGCACGUCAGCAGCCUGGAGCGCCACAGCGCCCUGCUGCAGCCCGGCGGCCACCGCGCCCGCCGCUGGACCGUCACCUUCACCGACUUCCAGAUUCAGGCGUUCAACGUGACCUCGGGGAGGUUCUCUCCGGUGAGCGACUGCACCACCUUCCUGACGCCGGCCAUCUUGAUGGGCCUGGUCACCUCGCUCAUCCUGCUGCUGGUGCUGGCCUACGCCCUGCACCUGCUGGUCCACCUCAAACACAUCGAGCGCGACGACGACAGCAAGGCCGACUUCUACUUCCCGCCAGACCCGGAACAGCCCGAACGCUGCUGUGGGGAAAACCUGGCAGAUAAAGUUACUCCCUAAACUUUUUAAAAGGGAAAGACAGAAUACAACUUACCGUCUUUUCCGGACUACAAGGCAGUAUUUUUUUCCUAAGCUUUGAACCCUGCGGCUUAUACAAAGGUGCGGCUUAUCUAUGGAUUUUUCUUCACUAACGGCUAAAUCAUGCCAUGGAUUAAGCCAGGGGUCGGCAACCCAAAAUGUUGAAAGAGCCAUAUUGUACUAAAAAUACAAAAAACUAUAUCUCUUUAGCCGCAAAAAUUAAACGACUUAUAUAAGUGUUAUAAUGAAGGCAACACAUGACUUAAGUGUCUAAAUUAUUUAUAUUACCCUACUAUCAAAAUGACUUAAUAGGUAUCAAAGGCUUCACGGUGGCAGAGGGGUUAGUGCGUCUGCCUCACAAUACGAAGGUCCUGCAGUCCUGGGUUCAAAUCCAGGCUCUGGAUCUUUCUGUGUGGAGUUUGCAUGUUCUCCCCGUGAAUGCGUGGGUUCCCUCCAGGUACUCCGGCUUCCUCCCACCUCCAAAGACAUGCACCUGGGGAUAGGCCCCUCCCACCUCCAAAGACAUGCACCUGGAGGUAGGCCCCUCCCACCUCCAAAGACAUGCACCUGGGGAUAGGUUGAUUGGCAACACUAAAUUGGCCCUAGUGUGUGAAUGUGAUUGUGAAUGUUGUCCGUCUAUCCGUGUUGGCCCUGCAAUGAGGUGGCGACUUGUCCAGGGUGUACCCCACCUUGCGGCCGAUUUUAGCUGAGAUAGGCGCCCGCGCCCCCCGCGCCCUUAAAAAAGGGAAUAAGCGGUAGAAAAUGGAUGGAUGGAGGUAUCAAAGGGAUUAUAACUGUGUACUUUUACUUCCAUCCAGUUGGGGGCAGUAAUGCUUUUUACAGUCCACUUAUAUAUCGUCCUCACUGAUUAAAAUAGUGUUUUCUAAAUAAAGUAUUUGUUCUGCCUCUCGAAUCAAUAGAAAAAAGAUCAUUUGAUAGUUAAUUUGCGUCCAUUGCAAAGGACAUAAAACAUUAAAUAAACACACUGUAUGAUUUUUUUGAAUUAAUGUACUGUAUUAAUUAAUUCCCCUAGAGGGGGGCGUAGGGGUCACCCACAUCUGCGGUCCUCUCCAAGGUUUCUCAUUGUCAAUGAGUUUUUCCUUGCCCUGAUGUGGGCUCUGAAACCGAGGAUGUCGUUGUGGCUUGUGCAGCCCUUUGAGACACUUGUGAUUUAGGGCUAUAUAAAUAAACAUUGAUUGAUUGAUUGAAAAUAGGUGUCAAAGGGAUUAUAGCUGUGUACUUUUACUUCCAUCCAGUUGGGGGCAGUAAUGCUUUUUACAGUCCACUUAUAUAUCGUCCGCACUGAAUAAAAUAGUGUUUUCUAAAUAAAGUAUUUGUUCUGCCUCCCGAAUCAAUAGAAAAAAGAUCAUUUAAUAGUUCAUUUGCGUCCAUUGCAAAGGACAUAAAACAUUAAAUAAACACACUGUAUGAUUUUUUUUAAAUUAAUGUACUGUAUUAAUUAAUUUCCCUAGAGGGGGGCGUAGGGGUCACCCACAUCUGCGGUCCUCUCCAAGGUUUCUCAUUGUCAAUGAGUUUUUCCUUGCCCUGAUGUGGGCUCUGAAACCGAAGAUGUCGUUGUGGCUUGUGCAGCCCUUUGAGACACUUGUGAUUUAGGGCUAUAUAAAUAAACAUUGAUUGAUUGAUUGAAAAUAGAUGUCAAAGGAAUUAUAGCUGUGUACUUUUACCUCCAUCCAGUUGGGGGCAGUGAUGCAUUUUACAAUGAAUUUAUAUGUGGCCCUCACAGAUGAAAUCUUGUUUUCUAAAUAAAGCAUUUGUUCUGCCCCUCAAAUCAAUAGAAAAGGUAUAAUUUAACA